GACGUCACCGUCUGUGCCGUUCUCGGAAAGAUGGCGGAGGCUGCGGCGGUCCCUCCGCAUCGGUUCUUCUGUCACUGCUGUAAGGGCGAAGUGAGUCCUAAGCUGCCGGAGUAUAUCUGCCCCAGAUGUGACUCUGGAUUUAUUGAGGAGGUGACGGAGGAUUCCAGUCUCCUGGACAGUGGUUCUAAUGGCCUUGAUGACACAGCUUCACAGUUUGCAGAGCUCUGGCAGCUCUUGUUUGUGGAGAGGCCGUUUACAGUGGACUUGGACAGCCCUGACUCAGAGCCACGGGUCCCGAGCAGUGGCGCAGGUCUGAGUCUGGGAGGGGGACCAUUUGGUGGCUCCGUCCCUGGAGGGCUGAGCGGUGGCCUUGGAGGCCCGUUAGGAGGGGGGGAUCAUUGGGGACCCAGUCGCCCCCCACGCCUGCACAGUCAGAGGAGAUACAGAUCCAGAGGAAGCACCCGGCCAGAUCGAUCACCUGCUGUAGAGGGAAUAGUACAACAGUUUCUUGCUGGACUUUUUGCCAAUUCAGGAGUUCCAGGUUCCCCUCCACUGUCAUGGACGGGCAUGCUGCACUCCAACCCUGGUGACUACGCCUGGGGACAGGGGGGUCUGGAUGCAGUCAUUACACAGUUACUGGGUCAGUUUGAGAACACAGGUCCCCCUCCUGCAGAGAAGGAAAAGAUCUCCUCCCUCCCCACAGUCGUCGUCUCUCAGGAACAAGCUGACAGCAGCAUGGAGUGUCCGGUGUGUAAGGAGGACUACGUUGUUGGAGAGCCCGUCAGGCAGCUGCCCUGUAACCACUUCUUCCACAGCAACUGCAUCGUGCCCUGGCUAGAGCUGCACGACACGUGUCCAGUGUGCAGGAAGAGCCUGAGUGGAGAUGACAGCAGUGAGCACGCCGCAGAGCCCUCCCCCCUAAACACGGACCCCCGCACACAGGAGAGAUGGUCCUUCUGAGACACACUCGCGCGCGCGCACACUGCACGCACGCUCACACGUGCUGUCUCUCUCUCUCUCUCUCUCUCUCUCUCUCUCUCUCUCUCCGUGUCUGUCUGACCCAGAGUACACUCACACGAGGGUUUGCCGCUUGUUUGGCUUUCCCUGUCUUAACGCCAGCCUCCCUCCGCGCUCGUACAGUUUACUAUGGCUUGUUUACCAUAAAAUUUCAGAGCUCUCGUACUUUCUUUGCAGUGGCCUGCCUCUGGCCCUCCUUUCCAUUUGUACAUUGACAUUUUUCGCUUCCUUUGUUCACAGCCUGACUUACAGAUUUCAUUUCAUUACACUGUCCUCGGUACCGUUGCCACCAGAAGCCUGCUGCAGGAGGUGGGGGCGAGCAGCCGUUGGCACGGCACCACAGUUACAGGACGUAGUGUACAUGGUGCAUACACUCAGCCCACGUUCAACGUGGAGUCCGACUGCCACGGGGUACAGCGUCUCUGCUUCGUCUUCCAGGCGUCUCUAGUGUUGUGCUGCUCUACACCUAUUUUUUGCUCACUUUUCCCACCUGUAGCUAACCUGUCCAUGGGAUCAUGCACUGCUGU